AUGGGAUUGCUACAACUUGACACCGCGGCGUUCACAGGUGUUGCCUCGGGAACCACGAGUACGGUUGCCCUUGCGAUUCUGGCUCUGGCGUUUUACUUGUGGACAGCGAAGGAAUCGGCAAUGCAGCACCUCCCUCCAGCUCCAAAGGGAUACCCAUUUUUGGGAAAUCUCAUGGACGUUGUGAGCGCGGGUGGCUUGCUACAUAUCAAGAUGAUUGCGUGGGCUCGAGAGCAUGGCGAGAUCAUUCGAGUCGUUCUUGGACCCAAUACCGAGUAUGUCAUCAAUUCCGACCGCGCCUGUGCCGCGAUAUUUCAAAAGAAUGCAACGAUUUCGUCUGAGCGGCCCGCCUGGCUUGUUGGUCAAAAGUACAUCACCAACUAUGAAAGCAUGGAUCUUUUGGAUGCCAGCAAUCCCCGAUGGAAGUUGCAACGGAAAAUAGCACUCCAAAAUCUCACUAGCGUACAGCGGGCCGAUGCUGGUCUGCCAUUUUUGUAUCACGAAACGCUGAAGUUUCUAAACCAGGUUGCGCAAGAUCCCAAUGCAGGCACAGAGAAACAGACAAAUCUGUGGGAUAGCAUUGGGCGCUACGUUUAUAGCACUUUCACAUCCCAGCUUUACGGGCUCGAGGUCACGACAAUCUCUGGUUUCUACAUCGCCGACAUCUUUACGGCGCUCGAUUACCUGCCAUUGGCUUUAAAGCCAUGGGCCAAGAAUGGCAUCAAACGACACAAUUCUGACGUUGAGUUUGUCCAGAACCGGAUGAAUUACGCUAAGAAGCUUGUAAAUUCCGGAUCAGCCCCGGAUUCCUUCAUGACACGCGUUCUCACCAGUUCGGAUAAGUCUGGUGCUAGUGAGACUGAGGCUGCCUAUGUCGCCCUCAAAUUGAUAGCGGCCGCAUCAGACACGAGCCGCGUCAGCACAUGGGUGUUCCUCGAGCAGAUGAUGAUGAAUCCUCGCGUUCAGCUGCACGCUAGAAAGUUGAUAGACGAUGCCGUAGGAGAUAGACUGCCAGUUUGGGAAGACAUCGAACGGAUACCGUACGUGCGAUAUCUCAUGAAAGAGACGUGGCGAAUGCGCCCGCCUGUUGGAAAUGCCCUCGCUCAUCGCAUCACCGCCGACAUUGCCUACGAAGACUAUGUCAUCCCUGCAGGCUCUACUGUUCGACCAAAUAUUUGGGCGAUUGGUCGAGAUCCCAAGCGUCAUCCAGAUCCCGACACAUUCAGACCGGCACGCUGGGAGGGCGAUGAGUUGUCAACCCAGCAGUCUGCGAACCUACCUGAUGCCACCCAAAGAGACCACUUUGCGUUCGGAGUUGGCCGCCGGUUUUGCCCAGGUGUACAAGUUGCCGAAAGAUCAUUUGCCGUGGCCAUCAUGCGAACGCUAUGGGCCUUUGACAUUGGGGUCCGGCCCGGCACCCAAAUGCCCUUAAACCCUGACGACUACAUGGAGAAAGAACUUCCGGGAGUCCCUGGAAGCAGGCUUCCGCUGAGCUUGAAGGUCAGAUCGGAGAAAAAGUCAUUGAUCGAGGAGGCGUGGAAGAAAGAGUUGGCCGAAUGGCAGGUCUAUGGGAACAUGGAUUUGGAUCCUUUGGAGGAAGUACUGCGCGCACAGUAG